GGGCUGAGUGGGUGUAAUCAGAAGAGCUGGGGGGAUGGCUUCAGAGUUCCCAGGAUUUAAAUCACGGGCGGACACACGCGCACGUUCCAUCAGAUCCUCAAGAGGAAGACCUCUCUUGAACACAGGCAUUAAAAUUCUAACCUCCAUAGUUCAUUUGGAUCAUAAACAGUCGUAUGAAUGGAAGCAACACAGGCAUUACAAUUCUAACCACUAUCGUGAAUUUGGAUCAUAAACAAUCAUAUGAAUAGAAGCAACUGUGGUCUUAGCAAGUCCAGAAACAUGUAGGUUACACAUGAGGAUACUUAACUAAAACAUCAAGCUAUGCAGAAUAACUCCAAGAAGAACAAUAACUUAAGAGUUUCUGACAUAGAAUUGAGCUCUGUGGAUGCUGAAGAGAGUCAAAAUAACAUUUUUGAAUGUCUGCCUCUAGAAAUUACUUUACGUAUUUUCAGUUGGCUGGACAUUCAGAGUUUAUGCAGGGCUUCAAUGACAUGCAGGAGCUGGAAUUACAAAAUAAGAACCAAUGACUCCUUAUGGAAACCUCAUUGCUUGGCUGUAAGAGCUGUGUGCAAAAAAGAAAUAGAUGAUGAUCUAAAAAAUGGUUAUUCCUGGAGGGAUAUACUACUGAGGAAUUACCAGAAGAGUAAAGUGAAACUUGAAUGGCUAAGCGGCAGAUACAGCAACAUAUGUUCUCCUGUUGGCCUACCAGAAAAAAUCAUGUACCCAAUGGAUGCAGAAACAUGGGGCGAAAUUCUAGAAGCAGAACUAAAAAGAUGCAAAAAUGACAGAGAUCUCAUAGCUUUGAGAGUUUAAAACUAAUAAGACUCCUAGGUGGCAAACCAUGUAUUUUAUCCAUUCAUUUUUUUGUUCACCUUUUUAAAUACUUAACAUGCAAAAGAAA